AUGGCUCUGCCCGGGUCUGGCUCUCGGGAAGGGGCAGGGGCUGGGGGUGGGCGUGUGCGGACCCGGGCGGGGGUGGGCAGAGGGAACGCGGGCGGGGAGGCGGGGGGCGUGCGGGGGAAGGCGGGGGGCGUGCAGGCGAGCGGGGGACUGUGCGAGGUGCGAACGGGAGAGGAACGGAGGCGGCGGCGGGCUCUUCUCAAGCGCCGUGACGAGGGUCCCCAGGCGGGCAGUUUGCAGGGAUUUUGGAGGCUCCCAGGGUCGGCGGUGCUUGAAGGGAACUCGGCGGGAGGGACGGUGGGCUGCGCGGAGAGCGGCGGCCGGGGCAGCCCGGCGCGGGCCGCUUGUUGCGAGCGCCCAGGGAAAGUUCAGGGGACUUGGCCAGCCGGGGCGGGGAGGGCGGGCAGCGGCGGCCGUCGAGCGGCGGGGCGGGACCGAGCCCCGAGCACCCGCCGGGCUCCGGCCGCGGGCCAUUGUUCGCCGUCCGCGCUGUGCCAGGGGCGGAGGGCGCUCCCGCACCGGGGGAAGCAGUCGGGACGCUGGUCCUCAGGGAGUCCCACUGGCAAAGGCUGUGUGCCCUCUGCCACCGGGUGA